AUGGCGAUCGUCGAGCUGGCUGCAUGCCAAUUGAAGGGUGGCAUCACCGCGUCCGACUCAGAACUGCUGAAGAAUCUAAAAGAGGUAAAACGGGUGAUCGAGGCAUACAGCGGCCUAACUACAUUAUUCUUCGAGUUGGUCGACGACCCAACGGUGAUGUUUGUCGUGGGCGCAUGGGACAGCAAAGAAACACACGAAAAGGGAUUUGACGGAUCUCCACAGCAAGGCGAGAUCCUAGAAUUGAUCAAGGAUCAGCUGGGGAUUACUUGGAUGCAUUACAUGGAUGUUGAGCUGGGCGAUAUCCCGGUCCGUUCGCCAGUUCUUGCGAUUGUAAAGGCAACUCUGCCCAAGCAUGUCGACCGUGAGGGAUUUGUCUCGAGCAUGCAAGCAGCGACAGAGGAUGUGGACGGUGGGCCAUACGGAGCCAUUGGGGCAUGGAACAUUCGCAAAGACAAGCACGAACCGGAUGUAAGGGUCCAUUUCAGCGGAUGGCGCUCGGUCGAGGAGGCUACAGACGGACUGGCAAAUAUCAUCACUGUUGCGGGUGCUCGUCCUCUCCAGACGCAUCCAACGAACUUGUUCUUCUUUCUCACGAAACCCGUCAACUUGGACUGA